AUGUUCAGCUCACCGAAUAAUCUUUCUAAUUGCUCGAUCCAGAACACAACCGAAUCAGUCAACACGCAACCAGCGCCUUCUUCCACCAUCCUCACAGCGAUCCUACCGUACUUGCUAAUAAUUUUAUCUCUCUCGAUCACACUGUGCGACGGAAUUGUCUUGGUGGCGUUCUUCGUCAACCGGCGUCUUUUAACGCCCUUCAACUUUUAUCUCGUAUCUCUGCUGCUGUCCGACAUUGGUCAAGCGACGCUGGAUCUGCCCUUUACCAUCGUCAGUAUGCUGUGCCCAACGUAUCCAUUGAGUCGCAUAGCCUGCAAUUUUAAUUUAUACGCGAAAUGGAUGUUUGCCGGUGUGGUACGGAAUUCCCAUGCGCUGAUCAGUUUAAACCGCUUCUGCGCGCUGUUUUGGCCGCUUAUGUACAAACAGUUCCACACACCCGCCGUGGCUAUCGGCUUAUGCGUGGGAACAUGGGGAUAUGUUCAUCUGUGGCUGCUGCCCGGGUUGGUGCCGGAUGCCAUAGGAUUACGGAAAAAUGACGGGACGUGUGCUGUCAAUACAACGGCACAGCCAACGUGGGCGCUGACCACGCAAAUGUGCUUGUACAAUUCGACACUUGUGGUAAUUGCGGGGACGUAUCCUUUGAUAUGGUGGAAAAUGCGCCAGCGUAAUAGGACGGCUGUUCGAAGCGGAGUGCUGUCAAGUUCAAAACAAGCCCAUCCGGUUUUAAACGAUUCCCAUAAAGACCGUGUUCACACGUGCGCCAACGGCAGCGUUCAAGUGCCGGAUGCCAGAAAAUCUGUGGAUAAGGAUGCCGACGAGUUCAAUGACUCGUUAGACAAGCACACAAUCAAGACAUUACCAUCGACUGAAACCGAACGCUACAAUGGUCAGCGGAAGCGGUCGCAGAGUUUUGUGGUAUUAACGUAUCUGGUUGUGGGUGUCGUAUUCUGCUGGACACCUAUAAUGACCUUCUACACGCUGGCCGAUUUUACUGAAUACGAUAGCAACAUACAUUUUUUAAUCGGGUCGCUCCUGUAUUACUUUAACUCACUGUUGGAUCCGUUUUUCUAUUGCAUCGCAAUUAAGCCUUUGCGUGCAACGAUUUUAGGCAUGUUGCGAAAGCGCUAG